CUUCUUUCCAUUACAGGAGAGAACCCAGCUCACUUCCUUUAAUUUCAAAUUUGAAUCAAAUUAGGGUGUGUUCAGCUCGCCGUUUUCUUCCUGUGAGCCUUUUACUUUUCACCCAUGGAGAAGCAGCGGUCUCUUAUUAGGGAAUCUAGGUCGAAGGAAUCAGCGAAGGAAUCAUUGUUGUAUAAUGUUUUUAAUUACGACAUCUCGAUGAUGAAGGUUCAGGAUAAGACAGUUGAAGGUCCGUCAACUCGGAGUAGUGCAGAUGACUUUGUGGGAAAGAGUCAUAGCCAGUCUCCCCCUCGAUGCCAGAAUGUUUACGAAAUGACAGAGUUGCAUUUCAAGAAAAGGAAAGCUGCCGAUGAGCUUCUCAAGUCUAAAAACAGGACUCCUUUCUUAUUUGAUGUUUUUAACUAUGAGACAACGAUGAUGAAGAAUCGUGACCAAUCUGAGAAGGAAAACCGCGCUCCCCUCACCAACGACAUUUUGGUGGAAAAUAACGAGAACCAUAAUCUGAAACAAUUUGUUGAGAAGAAUUCGGAUUGUCCAUCAGGAAGUUCAAACAGAGCAGUGAAUUCUUCUAAAAAAAGGAGUCCGUUGUCAAUUUUAAAUGGAAAUGUAUUACAUGACGUUUCGAAAAAAAACAUUGGCACGAAGAAGCCACGAGUGCAGGGUUUGCGGGAGAGCAAAAAAUCAGAGCUCAGAGACAAUGUUCAAAGCCCACAUGUUCAUCACUCAACAUUUCCCGAGCAUGGAAAGACGAAAUUUACAGCUGCGUCUCCAGAGAAUACUCCCAGAUCAAUUCUAUGUGAUAUUUUGAAUUCCAGUGCUGGGUCGUCAACCUCUGUGCAAGGAACAGUUAAUAAGAAAUGUUUUGAAAGUACCCCUCAAACUUUAAACUUUGACAUGGGUUCCAGCAAUCAGGAGAAUGCACAUACUAUGGAUGAAGCUGAGUUUUCGCGCACAGAGGAACAUGUAGAUGACCCUUCUGAAAUUUAUGAACAUGAUGAUUUUUUGGAUGGUACAGAAACUUGGUCUAAAGACAGACUGGGAAAAACAUCGAAAGUUCCAAGUGGAUAUUCAACCCUUGGUCCUCCUAAUGUCAAGUGUACUAAAUGUGAUGCAAUGAUGUGGAGGGAGGAGCGGACGAACAAGAACAUAACGAAAGGAACUCCACACUUUUCAUUGUGUUGUGCUAAUGGUGAGAUACGGCUUCCAAAGGAAAAGCCUACUCCCUCUUAUUUGUGGCAGUUGUACAAUGAUAAGCAGAAAGGCCCAAAGUUUAAAGACGGCAUCCGUAUAUAUAACAGCAUGUUUGCGUUUACUUCCACUGGUGGAAGGGUUGAUCAUUCUAUAAACUGUGGUGGGGCUCCUUAUAUUUAUAGAUUAAAUGGUCAAAACCAUCAUAUGUUCGGUUCACUAAUUCCUGAUGAUGGGGAUGAUCCUAAGUUUUGUCAGCUAUAUAUUUACGACACUACCAAUGAAGUUGCAAACAGGAUGAAAUGGAUUAGUGUGAGUGAUGGUCAGGUUAUUCACGCUGAAAUUGUUGAGGGUUUGAUUAGAAUGCUGGAUGAAACCAAUGAGCUGGUGAAGGAAUUCAGAUCACACCGUGAUCGUUUUGAAGAAGACAAUGUUGCUGAUCUAGAAAUAACAUUGAAGGUAUCUCGAGCAGAAAGUGGUAGGGAAAACCAUAUAAUUCCCGCAGAUGAUGUUGCUGGAAUAAUGGCUGGAGACCUUGAUGACAAUUCUCAAUAUCGUGACAUUAUACUUCAUUCUAAAGAAGAUCGUCUGCAGAGAGUAACCGAUAUUCAUCCAAAAAUCAUGGCACUCCAGUAUCCUCUGCUUUUUCCUCACGGUGAUGAUGGUUUUCACAUUCACCUGCCUUAUGGUGGCGGGGAUAAUAAGAAAAAAAGGAAAAGAGUUUUACUUACGCAGAAGGAGUACUACUCUUACAAGUUGCAAGUACGUCUAAAUGAAGGCAUGACACCCCGGUUGGGUGGUCGUUUAUUUCAGCAGUACAUAGUUGAUGCUUUCUCUACCAUUGAGCAAGCUCGAUUAUGGUACAUUCGUACUCAUCAGACCAAAUUACGUAAUGAUCUAUAUAAGCAGAUAUAUGAUUCUCUGCGUAGUGGCAAUACAGAUGCAUCAGCUGUUGGCAAAGGUAUUGUCCUUCCUGCUGGUUUCAUUGGUUCUAGAAGGUACAUGCAACAAAACUUUCAAGAUGCGCUUGCUGUUUGUCGUUACAUUGGGCAUCCAGACAUUUUUUUAACAAUGACAACAAACCCCCUUUGGGAUGAGAUUACCGAGAUGAUGAAAUUACUACCUCACUGUCUUCCUCAGAAUUCUCCGGAUAUCAUAGCACGAGUUUUUAAACUUAAACUCGACCAGUUGGUUGAUGACAUAAAGAACAAAUCCUUUUUUGGGACAUGUAUUGGAGUUAUGUAUGUUGUGGAAUUCCAAAAGCGAGGGCUGCCUCACGUGCAUAUGUUGAUAUGGUUAAGUGCUGAUGCGAAGAAAAAUCUGCAGUCAAACGUAGACAAGUUUGUAUCCGCCGAAGUGCCCGAUCCAGACGAAGAUCCUGCAGGGUAUGCUGCUGUACAAUCGUUCAUGAUUCAUGGGCCAUGUGGUUCUGAAAAUCCAAAAUCCCCAUGCAUGAAAGACUUCAAGUGUAUUAGGCACUUUCCCAAAAAAUAUUGUGCCACCACCACAUUCGACGAUUCUGGGUUUCCAAUAUAUAGACGUCGAAAGAAAGAUUUGCCUAAAGAUGCAAAUGGAAAAGAAAGACAUCUUGAUAAUAAGUGGGUUGUUCCAUAUAACCGGGACUUAUUGGUGAAAUACCAAUGUCAUAUAAAUGUGGAAAUAUGUUGUCAUGCAAGGAGUAUAAAAUAUCUCUUCAAGUACUGUCUUAAGGGUCACGAUCGAGCUACUGUUGAGAUUAAAAGCCGUAAGAAAGACCAAUCAGCUUCAAAUAAUGAUGUCCCUCUAGAUGAAAUAAACCAAUAUUUUGAUGGUAGAUAUAUAUGUGCGUGUGAGGCAGCAUGGAGAAUCUUUGGGUUUAAUAUACACUAUCGAACACAUUCUGUUCAGCGUUUAUCUUUUCAUCUCCCAGGGGAAAGAAAUUGCACAUUUAAGGAGACUGAGCCAUUACCAAAAGUGGUUGCCAGAGAGAGGAACAAGUUAAGUCAGCUAGAAGCUUUUUUUAAGCUAAAUUCUACUGAUCCUGAAGCUCGCAAAUUCACUUAUGAUGAGAUUCCAAGACAUUAUGUGUGGAAUGAGCUUGAUACUGUUUGGAAUGUACGGAAGCGGGGUAUACAGAUUGGAAGAUUGUUUUACACUCAUCAUAGUACAGGAGAACUAUGGUACUUGCGCCUGCUUCUCACCAAGGUUCGAGGUCCUACUUCAUUUAAGCACCUGCGCACAGUGAAUGGUAAAGUCUGUCAGUCGUUUCAGGAUGCAUGUAGAGAAUAUGGCCUCCUCGAUGAUGACAAUGAAUGGCACCAAGUUAUGCAGCAAUGUUCCGUGACUGGACUGGCAACACAAAUACGCCAACUGUUCGUACACAUUAUGGUCAACUGUCGAGUGACUGAUUUGAAGAAAUUGUGGAAUGAUCAUUGUGCACAUAUGAUGGAUGAUAUACUGUUAAUGCGCAGGAAGAUUAGUGGGAAUCCAGAUUUGGUGCUUAAUGAUAAACAGUUAGAGUAUUAUGCUCUUGCAGAAAUUCAUAAGUUGCUGAAGUCCAUUGGUAAAUCAUUGAAGGAUUUCAAUCAGCUGCCUCAACCACCCAGCAUCUAUUUGGAUUGUGGAUUGAACAAUCUCAUUGUCGAAGAAACAAGUUAUGAUAUCAAAGAGAUGGAAAGAGAACACAGAGCUCUCAUCUCUGAACUCAAUGAAGAACAGUUGCAGGUAUACAACUCAAUAAUGAAAUCACUGCAAAGGACCGAUGGUGGGUUUUUUUUUGUUUAUGGCAGCGGUGGUUGUGGAAAGACUUUCCUCUGGAAGACCUUGAUCUCAAAAUUGAGAUCUGAGAGUAUGAUAGUUCUUCCUGUUGCUUCAUCCGGUAUUGCUGCCACCCUCUUGCCAGGUGGGCGUACAGCUCAUUCGAGGUUUAAAAUACCUAUUAUUUUGGAUGAUUGUUCUACGUGUAACAUAGCACAGCAGUCUGAUAUCUCUCAGCUCCUACAGAAGACCAGUCUUAUAAUAUGGGACGAGGCACCUAUGCAGCAUCGAUAUGCAUUUGAGUGUCUCGAUCGCUCGCUGCGUGAUAUUAUGAAGUCUGUUGACCCGAAACGUUUUCAUAUCCCUUUUGGUGGAAUCAACAUAGUGCUCGGUGGUGAUUUUCGCCAGAUCUUACCAGUCAUACCUGGAUCAUCUCGGGCUGAAGUUGUGUCAGCUUCUGUUAUCCGAUCAAAGUUGUGGAAAAAUGUUGAGCUCCAUACCUUGGUCCAGAACAUGCGUAUCAAUAAAGGUACAGAUCCAGCUGAUCAAGAGCGCAUGAAGAAUUUUGCACAAUGGGUUCUUGAUAUAGGGGAUGGUGAAAUUGAGAGAGCUGCUGAUGGAGCCUUUGAGGAUGAUAUAUGCAUCCCCUCUGAAUUUUGCAAUGUUGGGAGUGAAAACUGCAUCGAUGAUAUGAUAGAUAGCACAUUCCCGGAAUUUGCACAGCAUUUCAACGAGCCAUCUUACUUGAGUGAAAGAGCUAUAUUAACUCCCACCAACAGCACAGUAGCUCAUGUUAACUCCUUAAUUGUGGAAAGAAUCCCUGGAGAAUCACAAUCUUAUUACAGUGUUGAUCACGCUGAGGAUUAUCCUGGAACGGAGACUGAGUUGAACAAUAGUUUCCCCCCGGAAUAUUUGAACUCCUUGAGUGUUCCCGGACUGCCUACCCAUGAACUUAAACUGAAGGUAGGAGUCGUUGUUAUGUUAAUGCGUAACUUAAACCAGACGUUGGGCUUAUGCAAUGGAACAAGGAUGAUGGUGACUAGGUUACUUCCAAACUGUGUCGAAUGUGAAGUAAUUUCUGGGAAUUUUGUUGGCACUAAGCAUUUUAUUCCUCGAAUGGAGCUUUUUCCUACAGAUUCCAAGCUCCCAUACAAGUUGAUGAGGAAGCAAAUGCCUUUGCAAAUCUGCUACGCCAUGACAAUCAACAAAUCUCAAGGACAGUCCCUUAAAAAUGUUGGUUUAUAUUUACCUAAGCCUGUAUUCAGUCAUGGCCAGCUGUACGUGGCCAUCAGUCGUGUGACAUCUCCCGAAGGCCUUAGAAUAUAUAUUGAAUCAGAGAUGGGUCUGACUACCAAUAUUACUCAGAAUGUAGUGUACAAAGAAGUAUUCAACAAUUUACCAUGCAUUUAGGUUGUCUUGCAUUCAUAUUAUGUAAUGUAUUUAUGUAUGCUCCACAACCUAAUGAA